AUGGCUUUGCAUCGGCAACUGGAAAUAAAAGACUUACUUCAAGUAGAUGACCUUGAUAUAGAAAUUAAGAAAGAGAUUAUGCAAGAAUAUGAAAGUUUACAGACUACAUAUGUUGGUGCCUUGGAAACCAUUCACCAGCAACAAAACAAUUAUUACAGUGAAUGUGUAAGUGUAACGAAAGAAAUGUUGGCUCGAAUGGAAAUAGAUGAAUGCAGAUUCGGUAAGUCAGCAUGGGAGUACAAAGCCGAAGGUAGAAUGAUGAAAAUCCGUGACAAUUUACUACAUGAACAAAUUCAGUUAUUAUCAAUAAAGAAACAGAGAUUAGAACAUGAACAAGACAAAAUAAAGCAAGAGUUAGCUUUGUUGGAAGAAGGUAGAGAACUAAAACAAGAUGUACAAAAACUGGAAAAGUGUUUUUACAACACUCAGAUGGACAUGUAUGACAUCACUCUAUCAAUACUUGACAAACAGGAGCAAAGAUGUAAAAAUAAACUGAAAAAAAUCCAAAAAGAACUUCAAAAAACACAGGAAGAAGUUGUAUUUUAUGAUGCGUAUGAAGAUCCAGACGAAAUUGAUGAUUCAGAUGAGGAAGACGAUAAAAAACAAACAAACCAGGAUCCAAGAAUGAGGCAGUUGAAAGCAAAAAUGAAUAGGAUUAACCGAAAAAGAGCUCUUAUCAGAAAUCAAAAAGGUACACUUCUCCGCAAGGAACAAGAUAAAGAAGUUAAGAAGAGAAACAAGCAACAAACAUACCAAGAGCAUCAUGCUAUACAGUUGAAAAUUAAUAAAAAGAAGGAAGAAGAGGAGCAGAAAAAAGAAAUUCUCAGACAAAAUAGAGAGAAAACAUUGGAAAGAUUACGUGCAUACAACUAUAAAAUGCUUUAUCUGAAUCUAAUACAUUACUUUGUUCUGAAUGAACACAAUGCAGUGCUGAAUGAACACAAUGCAGUGCUGAAUGAACGCAAUGUAGUACUGAGUGAACGCGAUGCAGUACUGAGUGAACAUGAUGCAUUACUGAGUGAACGCAAUGCAGUACUGAGUGAACGUGAUGCAGUACUGAGUGAACGUGAUGCAGUACUGAGUGAACGCGAUGUAGUACUGAGUGAACGUGAUGCAGUACUGAGUGAACGCGAUGUAGUACUGAGUGAAUGCGAUGCAGUACUGAGUGAAUGCGAUGCAGUACUGAGUGAACGCAAUGUAGUACUGAGUGAACGCGAUGUAGUACUGAGUGAACGCAAUGUAGUACUGAGUGAACGCAAUGUAGUACUGAGUGAAUGUGAUGCAGUACUGAGUGAACGCGAUGCAUUACUGAGUGAACGCGAUGCAUUACUGAGUGAACGCGAUGUAGUACUGAGUGAACGCAAUGUAGUACUGAGUGAAUGCGAUGCAGUACUGAGUGAACGCAAUGUAGUACUGAGUGAAUGCGAUGCAGUACUGAGUGAACGCGAUGCAUUACUGAGUGAACGCGAUGCAGUACUGAGUGAACGCGAUGCAGUACUGAGUGAACAUGAUGCAGUACUGAGUGAACGCGAUGCAGUACUGAGUGAACACGAUGCAGUACUGAGUGAACACGAUGCAGUACUGAGUGAACACGAUGCAGUACUGAGUGAACAUGAUGCAGUACUGAGUGAACGCGAUGCAGUACUGAGUGAACGCGAUGCAGUACUGAGUGAACGUGAUGCAGUACUGAGUGAACGUGAUGCAGUACUGAGUGAACGCGAUGCAUUACUAAGUGAACGCGAUGCAUUACUGAGUGAACGCGAUGCAUUACUGAGUGAACGCGAUGCAUUACUGAGUGAACACGAUGCAGUACUGAGUGAACACGAUGCAGUACUGAGUGAACACGAUGCAGUACUGAGUGAACACGAUGCAGUACUGAGUGAACGCGAUGCAGUACUGAGUGAACGCGAUGCAGUACUGAGUGAAUGCGAUGCAGUACUGAGUGAAUGUGAUGCAGUACUGAGUGAAUGCGAUGCAGUACUGAGUGAAUGCGAUGCAGUACUGAGUGAAUGCGAUGCAGUACUUAGUGAAUGCGAUGCAGUACUUAGUGAAUGCGAUGCAGUACUGAGUGAACGCGAUGCAGUACUGAGUGAACGCGAUGCAGUACUGAGUGAACGCGAUGCAGUACUGAGUGAACGCGAUGCAGUACUGAGUGAACGCGAUGCAGUACUGAGUGAACGCGAUGCAGUACUGAGUGAACACAAUGCAGUACUGAUACUGAGUGAACGCGAUGCAGUACUGAGUGAAUGCGAUGCAGUACUGAGUGAAUGCGAUGCAGUACUGAGUGAACGUGAUGCAGUACUGAGUGAACGUGAUGUAGUACUGAGUGAAUGUGAUGCAUUACUGAGUGAACGCGAUGUAGUACUGAGUGAACGCGAUGCAGUACUGAGUGAACGCGAUGCAGUACUGAGUGAACGCGAUGCAGUACUGAGUGAACGCAAUGUAGUACUGAGUGAACGCGAUGUAGUACUGAGUGAACGCGAUGCAGUACUGAGUGAACGUGAUGCAGUACUACAGAAAAAGAACAAUGUGCAUAUAUUUUGUAUUUUAGUAACAUUUGUACACUUUAAGCUCCAAAAGUAA